CCAUGACUACCCUGCCAGAAGCCAAUGCCAAAUUUGCCCUUGACUUUUUCCGUCGGCUGAGCAGCGAGCACCCAUCCGAUAACCUCUUGUUCUCUCCUUUGAAUCUUUCUGCUGCCUGCGGCCUGCUUCUUCAGGGGUCUGCAGGUAACACUGCAGCUGAGCUUGAAAAGGUACUCCACUGGGAUGAACUGAAGGAGCGUGAGAAAGUCAGAAACACGCGAUAUUUGACAACCCGGCUAAGAACAAGUGCGUCACCUGCCAAGUUUCAAGAAAAAGACAAGAUAUAUUCCAGACCCUACCCUGAACAACGAACUAAACCUCAUGACGACAGACGAACCGCCCCCGAACCGCAACAUACGAAACCUCGUGUUGACAGACGACAAACCCCCCAGCAACCGUCUCCUGGCUCGGAGCCGGAGGCACCAGCUUGUCCUCAAACAUGUGUUCUGGAGUAUGAAUGUGAAAAUCCUGAAGGGGUCCACACAGCAUUCAGCAACAUCCUUGCAGAACUAAACAAACCCAGCACCAAUUAUUUCUUGAGUUUUGCCAAGAAGCUGUUUGGAGAUCAAGCCAUUGCCUUCAACCAGGAAUUCCUUUUCUGUGCUCUGAAACUAUACUUGACUGAAGUUGGUAGAGCUGAUUUUCAUAUGGCCCCCGAAGAAGUGAGGAGAUUGAUAAAUCUGUGGGUUGAAGUCCGGUCACAUGGUGAAAUCAAGGACAUUAUCCCUGAGAACAGCUUGGAUUGUCUGACUCAGCUGCUCAUGGUGAAUACCACCUACUUCAAAGGACUAUGGGAAAUUCAGUUUAACAAAGAACUCACAGAAGAAGCUCCGUUUUACACACAUGAGAAGACCUCUCAUACCGUGCAGCUGAUGCACACGAGGGGUACUUACAACACCGGGCUAAUUCAUCUGUCCAAUGUGGAUGUGCAAGUUCUGGAGAUGCCCUACAAAAACCAUGAGAUGAGCCUAUUCAUACUGCUACCAAAAGACAGAAGUGCUGAAUCCCUUCUACAGCUGGAAGAUGCACUAAGCCAUGUUGAACUGCUUGACUGGUCCCAUUAUUUGGAGCCUGAAGAUGUGGAGGUGGCCAUUCCCAAGUUCAGAAUGGAGAAGACAGCUGAAGCUGACAAGUACUUAAAUGUGUCACAAAUAAAUGAUGCUGAAAAAGCUGAUUUCUCUGGAGCGAUGGCCGUUCACGGGGUGGCCCUGUCUCAGCUUGUCCAUGAUACUUUGUUUGAGGUUGAUGAAGAGGGUGGUAAAGAACCUGCAACAAAGAAGGCCCAGUAUCAGCAUUUUGUGGCUGACCAUCCUUUCCUUUUCUAUGUUCUUCAUAAAUUUACCCACAGCAUUAUUAUCUUUGGUAGAUUUUCUAAACCAGAGUAA